CACAUUUUUUAUUAGUUUGUCAUAAAAUAUAAAAUCAUGGUAAGACAUUGCAUGUGCGUCUGGAUAGAUUUAUAGCUGUGGAGAAAAGAAACAGAAAAAAAGAAAAAAUUAAUGAUGUAAAGCUGCAGAUUCUGUAUUAUCUGCAAUUACAACAAAAGUCAAUAAUAGCGAGAGUUAAGAGUUGUGUGUGAGAAAGAGAAAGUCUCUCGUUGCUGUUCUAGUGUACAAAGAAGAGGCCCGAUGAAGAGUAACUUCUGCACUUCUAUCUGUGAGGUGCAUAAGUGGAUGAGAGGUCGACGCGUCCGUUGCUUGCACCGGAUUAAAGCCUCCACCACCGGCGUUGAAAUUAACAAAAUACUCUAACAUAACACUCUAGAGAAGACAUCUGCUACUGGAGCAUCUGCAUGUAAUGCAGUUGUUGCGGUUGUAGAUGCUGCUGCAGCAUAUGAUAAAGGAUAGUAUCUCGUUCCCGAGCGUCAGACUCGAAGCAGACACUCUUCAUCACAUCCUCGACGGAGCUCCGAUUCUCUCGUAUAAGCCUCAAUAUGUUCGCUACUCAGAAGAGCCUGUGCGCGUUGGCAAAGCGCAUGGGCUGGUCCGGAGGGAACCACGGCGCCAGCAAGCAGUCCACAGGGAAUUUCCGACGCUGGAACUUGCAGGCAACAUUCAAAGUGGAGCCUAUGCUCGAUGAAAUCACAAUGCCAGGGAGCAAUCGCGUGUAGCCCGUGCAGGAAAUCGAAUAACUUCCAGACAAUACAUCAUGACUUUUAUAUUUUCUCUUACAUGAUGACGAUGUCUAAUUAGACAUUGCUGUCAGUCAUGAUGUAAAUCUUCAAUGUGAAUACGCUAUACCUACUAAGCUACUCCCAUCGACAGCUUAUCGUAGGCGUAGCACAUCAAAAACGCAGGUGAAAUCGUCACUUUUGGCUCGCCUACAAUAAGCAACAACCGCAAGAAAAGUAAGGAGCGGUUUUUUCUGCACACCAACGCCCUUGUCCUAUUUCUUUCAAGAACCAAACAACAUGGUGAAAGAGUUUCUGAAACCUUCCCAAGCUCAAAUAUAGACCCCAAGCAGCAUUCCACGUAACCUACAUCCUCGUCCCUUCCGCCCAUCAAUGAUUGAUAUGCCCUCCUUGUUGCACUCAAUGCUAGAUCGGACGGGUUUAGCUGCACAAACUUAUACUCAUUCGACCAAUUCAAGAUUAAUGAAUUGAAAGGGCCAUCCCACGAUGGAUCCUGCACAAUCCAUCCUGACUCCAUGCUAUCACUCCUGCAAAAAACACUUGAAAUGACAAGAAAAGUACAAGCACGAGCUCUGGCACGAGCUCCUCACAGCACUGACACUGGCACCCGAAAGCGACGUCAAAACAUCGCCGAGCUAGAGGAUAUCGAUGUGAUCCUAUUUUCAAAAACCCUAAACUUUCCCGUCUAAAAUUUUGUCGCCACAAUAUGUUAUCAUUGUUUGAAUUAGAAAAUAUUACAGUUUGAAUUGAUUAGGGAUUCCAACUAAGCUAUCACUCCUGCGGUUUAGUUUAACUAAAACAGCGGCCUUUACAGUGACGGCCUUU